UGGACCGUUUGACUGUACAUGAGUACAACUUAUCCAUUGUGCCUUUUUUUUCGCAUUUAUCUCCGACAGAUAUUAAGUGUUUUAUGUUUGAUACACCUUAUAAUUGUAAUUAUUAUUCAAACUAAAUAUCGUGUGACGUUAUUUCAGUCAUUGAGAAGGAACUUCGGUUCAUAUUAUAUUAUGAUUACAAAUACCACGUAACUUGUCUUAAUAAUUCAUUUAUUAGGAGCAAUAAUUUACGCAUUUGACAGAGAAGAACCGAAACACUUUCGAAGAUGCUUAAAUCGGGAGUUCAUAGACAAAUAUACGCCACUAUAGCCGCGUCCAUGUCGAUAUUCAUCAGUGGCAUGUGGCUGGGAUGGCCAAGCUCGGCGUCCGAGAAGUUCAUGAAGCACCAGACGGGCGAUCUACACGUGACCUACGACCAGCUGUCAUGGAUAGUGUGCAUGAUGGACCUGGGCAAUUUUAUCAGCCCGCUGUUCGGCGGCUACCUGAUGGACCGCUACGGCCGGAAGAUGGUGAUCGCCGCCCUCGGCCCACUGUUCAUCGUCUCCUGGACGCUGACGCUGUUCGUGCCCACCACGGUCGCCCUGUACACGGCCAGGUUGAUGGCGGGAUUGGGCAAGGGUAUCUCGUACACGGUGGUGCCGGUGUUCCUGGGUGAGAUCGCGGGCGUUGGCAUCCGCGGCGCCCUAGGCAGCGUGUUUACCAUACAGCUCAGCGGCGGCGUCCUGUUCGAAGUGAUCGUCGGCCCGUACGUGUCGUACCACGCGCUCAACGCUACGUCCGCCGUCGUGCCCGUGCUGUUCUUCAUCGCGUUCCUCUGGGUGCCCGAGUCACCGUACUACCURCUCAAGGUGGGCAGGGCGGCUGAUGCAGCUCGGUGCCUGCGCUGGUACAGGGGCUGUGACGCCGARAGUGGCAGCGGCGACGAAGACAUAGACGCCACCGUGGCCACAGAGCUCCGGCUGAUGGAGACCAACGUGCGGAAGGACAUGGAAAACGGGUCAGCGAUCGGCGAGCUGUUCACCAACCGGAACAACUUACGCGCGCUGGCCGUGGUGGUGGUGGCGUGCGCUGGACAGCGUGCCGGAGGCAUCAGCAGCCUGACAGCGUACUCCGCGCUCAUUUUGCCCGAACCUUCACCAAUCCUGGGCAAGUUCGAGUUCAUAAUCGCGUUCGCCAUCGUCCUGGUGGUGGUCAACUUCGUCGGGUUGGCCCUGGUCGACCGGGUGGGCCGGAAGCCACUGCUGAUCGGCUCCGAGGUGGGCCUGGGAGUGGUCACGUUCGUCUUCGGCGUCUAUUACUUCGCGGCCGAGCACUUCGCGGGCGCCGCAGCGGCGUACCGGUGGCUUCCGUACGCGUGUCACACCACGUUCGCCGCCACGUUCUCCAUCGGCAUUGGCUUCAUACCCGUGGUGUUCCUCGGCGAGAUGUUUCCGGUAAACGUCCGGUCCCGGUGCUCGGCGAUCGCGUCCGUCACGCUCGCCUUCUUCUCGUUCGUGUCCAACAAGACGUUCCUCGUCGUCUCGCACUGGUACGGCUACUACACCAUGUUCUGGACAUUCUCCGCCGUCAACUUUGCCUGCGCGUAUUUCUCGCACAGGUACGCGGUCGAGACCACUGGCAAGACGUUCUUGGAAAUCCAAGAAAUCCUGGACGACAGCGUCAGAAACGGACCCAAUACGCGGAGGAAAAACGCAAAAAUACCGCAAGUCAUUUCCUACGACAAUCCAUCGGUCGAUAUUUAGAUAAAUUAUAAAUAUAUACUAUUAUUCUAAAUAUUAUUGUAUUAGGUUUAUUAUAUAAAGACGCCCGUUUAGUAUCUUUUAUCCGCGAGUUCACGAUUCUAGGUUUUAAAAUCAUAGGUAUACAUGAUAUGUUGAGAUAAUAUAUAUUGUGUGUAUAGGUAUAAUAAUUACUGUAGAGUGMAGGGUGGUUCAGUAUAAAGUGAAGAUCUGUUGUCAUAGAAUUCCUAAAGCCACUUCAGAACAAAAUUAUCGAAAAAAAUCAUAUUUUUUUCACUUAUUUUUUUUUUUUUCUAAUGACGUAGUAAUUUUUUACACCUAUAUUUAUUAUACACUUUUAAUGUCAUAUUCCUCAAUAAUAAAUCUACCUGUACUUGUAAUUUUUUCAAUAAAUGUUGUGUCACAAUGACUUAAAAUUAACAUACAAGUAUUUUUCCAGAUAAUGAGUGAUUAAUGUUAAAAGAGUGAUGUGUACAUGUGAUGUAGACAGGUAGGUUAUAGAUAGGUAUUAUAUAGAUGUUAUAGAUAUUGUACUAUUAUAGUGGUGUUGCGAGUCCYGUCACUUUGCCGCUAUUGCUAUGUCUAAAAUUUUUGAGAAUCAAUUGGAUGUAAAUAGGUAGGUAUAUUUAAAAUUAUAUAGGUAUAUAAUAAUUAUAAUAUAUGUUAUGGACUUAUAAUUAUUUUUAUUAAUAUUAUCUAUUUUGUUUGAAACAAUUUUUAACGUUCUAACAAGGUUGAAA